CACGGGAAGCGGCACAGCCCUUGGUCACCACUGAAAUCCUUUGUUGUUGUUGCUAUUGGAACCCUGUUUCAGCCUGACAAACUCACAGCCAAGCGAGGCAGCGCGAUCAGCACCAGAUCUGGGGCUGGGUUCCACGCUUUUCUUUGAAAACCUUCCAGAACACCGAAACUUUUGACGGGUUGGUUCUGCGCUUCGCCCCAUUUCGCCUUGGAGACGAUCGUUUUGAGUCCAAGCACGCGCCCCGAGCCGCAAUCUCACCUGCGACAAUUGGUCUCCUGAAAGCCGCGUCAUUUCGGUCCCCACAGUGUUACCUUUCCACAAAACCUCGAGGGCCUUUGAAAACCCAGCAUGCCCCAUUUGUCAUUCAGGUGAUGGGCCACCGUUUUUGCUUCAAAGGUUCCCUGAACGUUAACGGUUAUGCCAUCCUUGCCACACUCCGGGUCUAACCGGGGUGAGUACGCCUCGGUGCCUCAGAGCGAUGACACUGUAGAGCUGCAGGCCUUUGGCAUUGCGCCUGAGGCAAGCAAGCCCCGGUUCAGCCGUCCACAUGCACGCACGCGCUCCGGCGGGCGUUCUGUUAGUUCCAUUUCAAUCGCCGACACGACUGCAAUUGACUCGGAUGAAGUGACUUCAGAGCUCAAACGGAGUCCUACCGAACUCAGCGAAUCCUCCUUUGAUGACGAUGGACCGACUGAAGAAGAGAAGCUCACCUUGCGGAAGAUCCCGGACGCGCUUCCUUGGAGUGCUUCCCUCGUCGCCAUUGUCGAACUAUGCGAGCGGUUUGCCUACUACGGACUAUCGGGUCCUUUUCAAAACUACAUGGCAAACUCUUACCAAGAUCCAAGUGGACUACCAGGUGCAAUCGGGCUGAAUCAACACGGCGCGACCUUGUUGAGCAGCUUUUUCCAGUUUUGGUGCUACCUCACACCCAUUGCCGGAGCGAUUGUGGCUGACCAAUAUCUGGGGAAAUACCUGACCAUCGUUUAUUUCGCCAUGAUAUACAUGACUGGUAUAUUAGUCCUCUUUUUCACUUCCCUACCCGUUUCUAUUGAAAACGGCUGGGCACUCCCUGGUCUCUUCGUUGCCAUGGUAGUUAUUGGAGUCGGUACUGGAGGCAUCAAAAGCAACGUGUCUCCCCUCAUUGCUGAACAGUACCGGGAAACGAAGCCCAGGAUCAAGGCCUUGGACUCCGGAGAGCGCGUGAUCAUCGACCCUACGUUGACGAUCGAACGAAUCUACAUGGUUUUCUACAUGUGCAUCAACAUCGGCUCCCUUGGUGCCAUUCUUACGACAACCAUGGAGUUCAAUGUCGGAUUCUGGGCAGCGUAUCUUCUGCCUCUCUGCGCGUUUGUCGUCGGAUUUACCAUGAUCGUCAUCGGGAAGAGCCGGAUCGUCAGCCGCCCCCCGUCAGGGUCUGUUAUCGAAAACAGCUUCAAAGCUCUCUGGAUUGCUAUUCUGCACAAGGGAGACCUGGACGCGGCGAGGCCAUCGAACCGUCGAUAUGCGGGUUUCGUACCAUGGGAUGACGCGUUCAUCGAUGAAUUGAGAGUUGCUCUCAUGGCUUGCAAGGUCUUCGCUUUUUUCCCCGUUUUUUGGGCAGCCUUCAAUCAGAUGUCAAACAAUUUUGUUUCACAGGCUGGCCAAAUGCAGCUCCACGGCAUACCGAACGAUGUUAUGCCGAACCUUGAUGCCAUCAUAGUCGUCAUCUUCAUACCCAUCAUGGACAGGUACAUCUAUCCGUGGCUACGCAAGCUUGGUUUCCCGAUGAAGCCGAUAACCCGCAUCACCUUCGGCUUCGUAUUUGCUGCCAUGGGGAUGGCUUAUGCUGCGUACCUUCAGCACCUGAUCUAUUCGAGCGCACCCUGCUUCAACGCACCGUCCCACUGCGCAGCCGGUCUAAGACCAAACGGCAGCUAUGAAUCCAACCAUGUCCACGUGGCUUUUCAGGCGCCCGCUUAUCUAUUUCUCGCCUUCUCGGAGAUACUAGCGUCGGUGACAGGGUUGGAGUACGCGUUCACAAAGGCACCGCCGUCGAUGAAGUCGUUCAUCAUGUCGCUCUUCCUGCUGACCAAUGCGUUCGGUGCCAUGCUUGGUAUGCUCAUUUCGCCGUUCGCGCGGGAUCCAGAGCUCGUUUGGAUGUACAGUGGACUAGCUGUCGGUUGCCUCGUUGCGGCAGGUGUUUUUUGGAAGACCUUCAAAAAGUACAACGCAGCGGAGGAUAGCAUCAACGAGAUGAACGCGCAGGCGAAAGAGAUAGCGCUGUUGGAGAGAAGCGUCGUAGACGGGCCGGCAUGAAGCGUCGGUAGGUCUGAACUCCACAGACGGCUGAUAAGUAGCAAUUCAACAUGUCAAAAGAGGGAAGUCUGGCCGUGCCACGUCGGCAAGCGAUUGUGCGUGAAUCCCAACCACUAAUAAAUUCAAGACAAUGCGGGGUGUCGGACCGGCGCGUUCGAUAGUCAACUAAACCAUGAUAAGCAGGCGGAAAGAUUGGCCAAGUUCUAAGAUCAG